AUGGAACAACAGCUCGAUCUCACCAAGCUCAACGAUAAUGAUAAGAAGGAGUUGAACCAGGUCUUGACCGCCGAGGCUCAGAAGUCCAACAUCCAGCAGACCGUCCACCACCUGAACGAAGUGUGCUGGGAGAAGUGCAUCACCAGCAAGAUCUCCUCCGGCACCCUGGAUCGCUCUGAGGAGGCAUGCGCACAGAACUGUGUUGAUCGGUGGAUGGACACCAGCUUGGCUGUCCUGCAGAAGCUGGAUGCCAUGCGCAAUGGCCCCGGUCACUAA